AUGGACGUUAACCCGUCCCCUCUUUUUGAGCCUUUCAACAACAACACUGAUCCUCCCACCUUGAAGCCAGGUGUUGGUACUUCAUCUGGAUAUGGUUCGAUCAAGAAAAAGAGAGGUCGACCGAGGAAAUACUUCCUUGAUCACGACAUUACUUUGAGCUUGGGAUCAGGCCCGAUGCAUGAUGCUACAAUUACUUAUCCUUCUCAUUCUAUUGUGAAGAAGAGUACAAGGGGAAGAGGAAGGCCUCGUGGCUCUUUUAAGAAGAAGCAAGAGGUUGAAGUGUUGGGAGUUACUAACACUUCUUUCUCUCCACAUUUGAUUGUUGUGAACUAUGGAGAGAUUAUGACGAUGGAAGAAGGGAGGUUACUUUAUAGUCUAUUUUGUUACGAAUACUUCUAA